UCAAAAGCGAUCCCGACCUUCCGCUCCCGCAAGAAAGAAAAAGAAAAGGAACUGGGGAAGCAAAGCACAAGCGCACACAGAGGCGGCCGCCGCAGCCCGCAGCAGCAGCAGCGACACGCACCCCCUCCCCAAUCACGCCACCAGGCUACGAGGAGGAGCGAGACCGCGCACCGCAGAUCCGUGGUCGCCGCUAGGGUUCCGGCGAGAUGGACGUGGUGAAGGCGGCGCAGCUGUCCGGGCGGACGCUGGAACGGGUGGUGGUGCACCCCCUGGUGCUGCUCAGCAUCGUCGACCACUACAACCGCGUCGCCCGCGACACCCGCAAGCGCGUCGUCGGCGUCCUCCUCGGCACCUCCUCCCGCGGCUCCGUCGACGUCACCAACUCCUACGCCGUGCCGUUCGAGGAGGAUGACAAGGAUCCUAGGAUCUGGUUCCUUGACCACAAUUACCAUGAGUCGAUGUUCUCCAUGUUCAAGAGGAUUAAUGCCAAGGAGCAUGUUGUUGGCUGGUACAGCACUGGCCCAAAACUAAGGGAGAACGACUUGGAUGUCCAUGCGUUAUUCAACAGUUAUGUUCCUAAUCCUGUCCUGGUGAUUAUUGAUGUUCAACCCAAGGAGCUGGGAAUACCCACUAAAGCAUACUAUGCUGUGGAGGAGGUUAAAGAGAAUGCUACUCAGAAAAGUCAGAAGGUAUUUGUCCAUGUUCCUUCAGAAAUUGCUGCUCAUGAAGUUGAGGAAAUUGGAGUUGAGCACCUUCUAAGGGAUGUAAAGGACACAACAAUAAGCACACUUGCUACAGAGGUCACUAGCAAGCUUGCAGCCUUGAAGGGACUCGAUGCAAGGCUUAGGGAGAUCCGAAGCUAUUUGGAUCUUGUAAUUGACGGGAAGCUCCCACUGAAUCAUGAAAUUUUAUACCAUUUGCAGGAUGUCUUUAAUCUCCUUCCAAAUCUGAACGUAAAUGAGCUAAUUAAAGCCUUUGCAGUGAAAACAAAUGACAUGAUGUUGGUGAUAUACCUGUCUUCUCUGAUCCGGAGCGUCAUUGCUCUUCACAAUUUGAUCAACAAUAAGAUGCUAAACAAGGAGCACGAGAAGGCUGAGGAUUCGAAACCGACCGCCAUUCCUACUGCUGCCGGGAGCUAAACAUGCUUUUGAUCACUGAUUGGUGGCUAAGAAAAGGGAUGAAACUUGUGAUGACAUGUUAUCACGGUCGGUCGUGCUCGAACCAAUUGUCUUGACCUUGAAUGGACAUUUUGAUGUUUAUUUCAUGUAUGAUAAGGUCAAUGGCAAGAGAAACCAAUUAAAUUGUACGAGCUUUAGAUCAUACCUCAAGUUUUCUGUAGAUCUCGGUGCUAUUUCAUCUGAUGCAUCAUGUUUCAUGAUGUAGAAUUUCGUUUCUUGUGAUUGAUUUAUAGUGAACCUGUACGUUGUACGUCAUGCAAUUCAUCUCCGUUCAUGAUUGAUUUGUAGC